AUGGAACUGCGUCUUCGCAUGGUUAUGGACUGCGUCUCCGCUGCUGAGUCUAGGAAAACGGGACUAAUCGACAAUUUCUGGAUGAAACGUCGCAAUUUUACUAAAUAUGAAAGAUAUGAAGAACGACCUUAUAAGGACGAAAAACAAUCGGGUUUUAAAGGGGAAAUUUCAACAAAAGAUAAAGUUUCAAAACGUACAAGAAUAAAUGAAUACUUCCCGGUUACUCCACAAUUUGAACAAGAUCAGCCACCACAAACUCCUCCACAUCGAAUUUUUUCGUGUGGUGCGUUAUCGGAUGCUUCUGUACCCUUUUGGAUCCAGCAAAGCUGUAAUGAGAGAUCAAUUGAGCAAGAGUUUUCGGGUUUAGACUCCAUUUGUUCCAAUUUCGAUCACGAAAAAGUUUCCUCACAGACAAUAGGACAAAUGCAAAAUUACGAAGUUGAUAUCGAAAAUACGUACUUACAAUUAUCUCAGGAGAAUUCACAGAUUGUACCGGAGGAAAUUCGUAAAAUAAUCGAAAAGAUGAAAGGUAUAAAAUAUCGUCUAUUCGACUAUCGAAUCAUUAAUCUCUCGGAACGAAAUGUUACGAAUCCCGUUAAUAAAUUAUCAAAAUCCGAAAAGCGCAUCUUAAAAGAUAUUUGGAACUCGACAAUUCGCUUAGAUAAAUGGGAAAAUACUAUUGAGGAUGUUCUAGAGAAACCGUAUGUUAGACCUUUUAUUCAUAGAGAACAUCAUGAUCUCUUAUGGGUACAAGAUAUUUAUAAACGGUUUUUAUUUCUUUUUGAUGCAUACACUAACCUACUAUUGGAUCCAGAUCAAAGUGAACUUUCUUACCGGGAAAACUUUGUGAAUCCCAUUGUUGUUAAAGUUUUUGACGACAUCAUGGAUUUAAUCAAA